UCUCAUGGAUUUCCACAACGUUAUCAUGGUUAUGCUUCCAUCGGAGACUAAUGCGGAUGGAGCGAUGUUAAAAGCUUUUCCAUUCUCUUUGGCGGACAAUGCUAAGGAGUGGUUGUAUUACUUGCCUUUCGGGAGUGUUACAACGUGGAACGGGUUGAAGAAGCUCUUUUUAGAGAGAUAUUUUCCUGCUUCAAAAGCUACCCAAAUUCGUAAGGAGAUCUGUGGUAUACAACAAAGAUAUGGGGAGUAAUUGUAUGAAUGUUGGGAACGAUACAAGAGAUUGGUGGCAAGCUUCCUUCACCACCAAUUUAGUGACGUGAUGAUACUACAAUACUUCUACGAAGGUCUCCAAUCAAGUGAUCGGUAUCUUCUAGACGCUGCGGGUGGUGGAGCACUAGUAAACAAUACGGUGGCCCAAGCUACAUAGUUGAUUGAAAGCAUGGCUACGAAUUUGCAACAAUUCUACACAAGAGGUGAAUCAAUGGCUAAGCGAGUGCAUGAAGUUACUGAUUCAUCAUCACACCGUGAUCAAAGGAUGGAUAAUAUGGAGAGAAUGAUGCAAAAGAUAGCUUCAUUUGUUGUACCUUCAUAAGAUGAAGAGUUGGAUCAAGCUAGUGCAAUCUUUCCAAAUCAGCAAAGACGGUAUGAUCCCUACUCCAACACUUACAAUCCGGGAUGGAGAGAUCACCCCAAUUUCAUCUAUGCCAACAAGCAAGGUGCAGUUCAACAACCUACUUUCAACCGUCCAAGCGGGUUCCAACCACAACAAUAACAAUUUCAGCAACCGCAACAACAACUACAAAGUCAAGGUUCCGAUAUCGAUGCAAAGCUUCAAGCAAUGAUGAAGGGCAUUGGUACUAUAUUUCAAGAAAGCCAACAAGAGACUAAGAUUGCUAUCAAGGAGUUGCAGACACAAAUGGGUUCUAUGGCUAUUGAUUGAACCAAUUGAAAGCACAAAAUAGUGGGAAACUCCCUUCUCAACCUAUUAACCCAAAAGAGGGUGUCAAUGCUAUUACAUUGAGAAGUGGUACACAACUUGUGCAACCCGAAGUUGUGGGUAAAGAAGAAGCUCCAAUGGAGCCGGUUUUGGAGGAAAAGAGGGAUGAAGUUCCCAAACUCCCGAAGUACCUAUUCCUAACUCUAAAACUCUUAUUCCUGCUUAUGUUCCUCCUUUACGUCUCCCUCGCAGAUUUGCAAAGUCCAAGAUGGAGGAACUAGAAAAGGAGAUUUUAGACGUUCUCAGGAAGAUUCAUGUGAACAUACCGCUCAUAGAUGUUAUAAAGAAAAUGCCAAAGUAUGCAAAGGUGUUGAAGGACUUGUGUACCAAUAAGAAAAGGCUCAAAGGCAAUGAAGUGCUAAGUGCGGGGGAGAAUGCUUCGUCAAUCUUACAACACAAACUUCCACUGAAAUGCAAGGAUCCCGGUAGCUUUGACAUUCCCGUCACAAUUGAUGACUUUUGCGUGUUAAAGAUGAAUGAAGCUUCACCGGACUCAUCUCUUCCAUUGCUACUUGGGCGUCCCUUCAUGAAAACGGCGAAAAUUGUUAUUGAUGUAGACAAGGGAACGCUAACUAUGGAGUUUGAUGGAGAAACAAUACGUUUCAACAUCUUCGAGACGAUGAGAUACCCUAGUGGUGUCCACUCUUGUAUCUCCAUUGAUGUUAUGGGUACUUUAGCACAACAAGUGUUCGAAUUGAAUGGUGAUGAUGUUUUGGAAACCGUUUUAACUACAUCCAUGGAUAAUGGUGUAGAGUGUGGUAAUGAAGUCAAAGAAUCCCUUGGUGAUAUUAACUCACUACAAGGAUGCUUGGAAACUCAUCAUAUCUCUUUUAUUUCUUUACCAUGCAGUAAUGAAAAGCUUGUACCUUCUAUUAUUAAAUCUCCAAAGUUGGAAUUGAAACCUCUUCCAAGUCACUUAAAGUAAUUGUACUUGGUGACAAGGAAGGGUUACCUGUGAUUGUUUCUAACGAGCUUAGUGAAUUACAGUAGCAAAAACUUCUACGAGUUCUAAGGAAGUACAAACGUCCAUAUGAUGGACAAUUGCCGAUAUCAAGGGUAUAAGCCCUGCCGUUUGUAUGCACAAGAUCCGUUUGGAGGACGAUGCAAAGCCUACAAGGGAAGCUCAACGUCGUUUGAAUCCCCCAAUGAUGGAAGUUGUGAAAAAGGAGAUACUCAAGCUUUUGGAAGUGGGUGUUAUCUGCCCCAUAUCCG